AUGGCUUCCAGAUUAGAGGAAGAACUCUGCUGUCCGGUCUGUCAUGACAUCUUCAGAGAUCCUGUCAUCCUGUCCUGCAACCACAGCUUCUGUAAAGACUGUCUGCAGACCUGGUGGAUGGAGAAAGAGACCAAAGAGUGUCCGCUUUGCAAGAGAAGACAUUCAAAGGAUUUUUUACCCCCCAGCUUUGCUUUAAAGAACCUGUGUGAGGCCUUUUUACAGGAGAGAGAUCAGAGAGGUUCAGAGGAUCUCUGCAGUCUGCACUCUGAGAAACUCAAACUCUUCUGUCUGGACCAUCAGCAGCCAGUGUGUCUCGUCUGCAGAGAUUCAGAAAAACACUCUAACCACAGAUUCAGACCAACUGAUGAAGCUGCACAACAACACAAGAAGGAACUUCAUGAAACUCUGGAGCCUUUAAAGGAGAAGUUAAAGGUUUUUAAAGGAGUUAAAGUGAAGUUUGAUCAAACAGCAGAACGCAUUCAGGUCCAGGCCCGACGCACAGAGAUGCAGAUUAAGGAUCAGUUUAAGAAGCUUCACCAGUUUCUAGAAGAGGAAGAGGAGGCCAGGAUGGCUGCACUGAGGGAGGAAGAGGAGCAGAAGAGUCAGAUGAUGAAGGAGAAGAUGGAGGCUCUGAGCAGAGAGAUAGCAGCUCUUUCAGACACAGUCAGAGCCACAGAGGACCAGCUGAGAGCUGAACACGUCUCAUUCCUGCACAACUACAAGGCUGCAGUGGAAAGAGUCCAGCAGCGCCCCCUGCUGGAGGAUCCACAGCUGCCCUCAGGAGCUCUGAUAGACCAGGCCAAACACCUGGGCAACCUGACCUUCAACAUCUGGAGCAAGAUGAAGGACAUGGUCUCCUACAGUCCUCUGAUUCUGGACCCAAACACUGUUGGUCGAGGACUCCUCCUGUCUGAAGAUCUGACCACACUGAGAGGAGGAAAGGAACAGCAGCUUCCUGAUAAUCCAGAGAGGAUUCAUUCCUACUACUGGUCUGUUCUGGGCUCUGAGGGCUUUAACUCAGGGACUCACAGCUGGGAUGUACAGGUUGGAGACAAUACAUUUUGGUCACUGGGUUUGAUAUCAGAGUCUGUCCAGGAGAAGGGAUGUGCAUGGUCCAGAUGUUGGAGAAUACGUUUCUGUGAUGGUGACUACAGAGCACUCUCUCCAUCUCAUCCAGACACUAUUUUCCCAUUGAGGAAGAAGUUCCAGAGGAUCAGAGUGAAUCUGGACUGGAACAGAGGGAAUCUGUCGUUCUCUGAUGCUGACACUAAAACACACAUACACACCUUCACACACACUUUCACUGAGAGGAUGUUUCCAUUCAUGUACACUGGGUCUGAUCUCCCACUGAAAGUUUUGCCACUGAACGUCUCUGUGACUGUAGAACAACAGAAAUAGAUGAUGAAUCUUUGAGUAACAUGUGACUGUGUUGUCCAGAUCAUGUUGGUUGUCAUGGUUAUGUGGAUGGCAUCUACAGUAUAACCACAAAUAAUAAGAAAA